AUGGACAAGUUUAAUGCGGCUUUAUCUACAACUGCUGAGAAGAAGAUAAUUCAUGCUAGCGUAUUAGGCUUAAUUGUUGGAGAUCUUUUUCAAUUCUUUCUUCUGAUGUCGGUCAACUCCAAAUUAAAAUAUUUUCAUAUAAUUCCUAUUACAUCUAUGUCUCUCAAUUUAUUAGUACUCUUCUUUGGAUUUUUUUAUAGACUUUAUGAAGCUUUAAUUAGAGGAUAUGAAAAGCCGACCGUUAUUGCUAACAGAAAACAAUUAGAAUCAGAAGCAUGA